AUGGAUUCAAGUAACAGAAUAAGAGAGAAAAUAACAGAGAUACAGAAUAAUUUACUGGUUUGUAGAGGCAAUUUAUCACAAUUAGGGAAUGUUAAUAUUCAGUUGAAAGCUCUACUUGGGAUAAUAAACACUUCAGACUUAGAGGAAGGAGAAAAAAUUGAGUGGAUGGAUGAGUAUAACAAGCUGAAUGAUGUUUUUAAUGAACUUCAGGGAGUAAGACAGGAACACAAAUCCAAACUUUCUAAAGAUGUAAAUGAGGCAAAUAUUACAACUAAACGUUUUUCUGAGAAUUACAUGUCACAAGAUCAUCAAACAAACGAUGAAUUUUACAGCAAUGAGGGAAGUAGGAUUGAUAAGAUAAUUGCUAAAGGAAUGGAUUCAUUAGAAAAUCUUAAAAGACAAGAUGUUUAUAUCAACAGUAUUAAUAACAGGUUAAAAGGUAUUCUUAAUAGAUUAGGAGUAAGUAAUACUACAAUAGCUGAUAUUGAGAACAGAUCAUUUGGUGAUAAAACAUUGUUUAUUAUAUUAAUUUUAAGCUUAAUUCUUCUUAUAAUUUUGUUAAAAUUUAUUAAUAAAUAA